GUGUGUGAGCAGGCUCUGACUCCGAAGGAUCUCUCCCCGAGCCACGCUGCUCCAGAGCCACAGCUGGAGCCCGAUCGCUGCACAGCCACAAGACGGUCCCUCCGCUUUAAUCAGACGCCGCCAAUGGAGUAACUGGAGUUCUUCAGAAGUCAUCGUUCAGGGAUAAUCUUUUUUUUUUUUUUUUUUCCUGUGGGUUCCUACCGCUGGAUUCUCUCUUGAAGGAUUUGGAUACCCUUGCUCUCUGGAAUAAGUGCCUCACAAUAAAAGGGAAUUGAAAAAUAAAAAUAAAGGGAUUUCUCUACAAGUGGACCUGCUUGCCAUGCAUGGGUGUUAGUCUUUGAUCCUGUCAGAGUGGGACGUGUCUAGCAGGGGACCGAGGAGGAAGCAGUGCCAACCUCCAACAUGGUGCCUAAUAUUCACCCGGCGGCGCCCCUCCGGCCCAGAGGGGCGUUGCUCUUCCUGCUUCUGCUCAGCUGCACGGUGUUCUCCUCUCUGGCAGACAGCUUGCCAAGUUUCGUCAAAUCCCCCGAGGACCAGACGGGCAUCUCGGGCGGGGUCGCCUCGUUUGUGUGCCAAGCCACCGGGGAGCCCAAACCCAGGAUCACCUGGAUGAAGAAAGGCAAGAAAGUCAGCUCGCAGCGCUUUGAGGUGAUUGAAUUCGACGACGGUUCGGGCUCCGUGCUGCGGAUCCAGCCGCUGCGCACACACAGAGACGAGGCCAUUUACGAGUGCACCGCCGCUAACAGCGCUGGCGAGAUCAACACCAGCGCCAAGCUCACAGUGCUUGAAGAGAACCAGAUUCCCCCCGGCUUCCCCACCAUCGACAUGGGCCCGCAGCUGAAGGUGGUGGAGAAGACCAGGACGGCCACCAUGCUGUGCGCCGCCAGCGGGAACCCGGACCCGGAGAUCUCCUGGUUCAAGGACAUGCUGCCCGUGGACAUCGGCAGCAGCAACGGGCGCAUCAAGCAGCUCCGCUCAGGUGGUACACCAAUUAGAGGAGCUCUGCAAAUUGAGAACAGCGAGGAGUCGGACCAGGGGAAAUACGAGUGCAUCGCCAUGAACAGUGCCGGGACCCGCUACUCUGCACCUGCCAACCUCUACGUACGAGUGCGAAGAGUGCCGCCGAGAUUCUCCAUCCCACCCACCAAUCAGGAGGUGAUGCCCGGCGGCAGCGUCAACCUCACCUGCGUUGCCGUGGGCUCGCCCAUGCCCUACGUCAAGUGGACCAUGGGCUCGGUGGAGCUGACCAAGGAGGAGGAGAUGCCGUUGGGACGCAACGUGCUGGAGGUCACCAACAUCCGCGAGUCGGCCAACUACACGUGCGUGGCCAUCUCGUCUCUGGGCAUGAUUGAAGCCACAGCUCAGGUCACUGUCAAAGCCUUACCAAAGCCCCCCACGUCGCUCAUUGUGACUGAGACCACCGCCACCAGCGUGACUCUCACGUGGGACUCUGGAAACCCAGAACCGGUUUCCUACUACAUGAUCCAGUACAAAGCCAAGUCGUCGGACAACGGCUACCAGGAAGUGGAGGGCGUGGCCACGACGCGCUACAGCAUCGGCGGACUGAGUCCGUACUCCGAGUACGAGUUCCGCGUCAUGGCCGUCAACAACAUUGGCCGCGGGCCUCCCAGCGACCCGGUGGAGACCCGCACCGGUGAACAAGCCCCCUCCUCGCCGCCCCUGCACGUCCAGGCGCGCAUGCUGAGCGCCAGCACCAUGCUGGUCCAGUGGGCGCCGCCCGAGGAGCCCAACGGGCAAAUCAGGGGCUACCGGGUGUACUACAGCUCCGACAUGACGGCUCCGCUCAGCGCCUGGCAGAAGCACAACACCGACGACAGCAGCCUGACGACCAUCUCCGGCCUGACGCCUGAUAUCACCUACAGCCUGAGGGUGCUGGGCUUCACUUCUGUAGGCGACGGACCACCCUCCGAGAUCCUGCAAGUCAAGACUCAGCAGGGAGUUCCGGCGCAGCCGUCAAGCUUCGAGGCUGAAGCUGAGCUGGACACCCGCAUCGUGCUGUCGUGGCUGUGGCCCGUCCAGGACCCCAUCACCAAGUACGAGCUGCUGUACUGGGAGGACGGCUCCGACAACAAGAUACACGUGUCCUUCAACCCAGCGGGCUCCUACGCCGUGGAGGGUUUGAAGCCCGACACCCUGUACCGCUUCUCCCUGGCGGCCCGCUCUGAAAUGGGUUUGGGUGUCUACACGCAGCCCAUCGAGGCCCGAACCGCUCAGUCCACCCCGUCCGCCCCCCCUCAGGAGGUCCAUCUGGUCAGCCUGACCUCCACCAGCCUCAAGGUGAGUUGGGUGGCGCCUCCGGCGGCGAGCCGCCACGGCGCCAUCGUGCGCUACACGGUCAGCUACCAGGCCCUGGCCGGGGAGGACACAGAGCGGCACGAGGUGACGGGCAUCGGCGCCGACGCCACCAGCUAUGUGCUGGAGGGCCUGGAGAAGUGGACUGAGUAUCAGGUGUGGGUGAGGGCGCAUACUGAUGUGGGCCCCGGCCCUGAGAGUGCCGCAGUGAGGAUGAGAACCAAAGAGGAUGUGCCCGGAGCGCCGCCCAGGAAGCUGGAGGUCGAGGCCUUGAACUCCACGGCCAUCCGGGUCACCUGGAAGCCGCCGCUGCAGGGCAAGCAGCACGGCCAGAUCCGCGGCUACCAGGUCAUCUUCUCCCGGCUGGAGAACGGCGAGCCACGGGGCCAGCCCAACAUCAUGGACGUGGCCUUGCCGGAGGCUCAGUGGAAUAUUGAGGAAUCCACCGAGCAUGAGGCCAUCAUUGGUGGACUGCAGUCUGAAACCACCUACUCCGUCACCGUGGCGGCGUACACCACGAAGGGAGACGGAGCGCGGAGCAAAGCUAAAGUCAUCACCACAACCGGCGCCGUUCCUGGCAAACCCACCAUGAUGAUCAGCACCACCAUGGGCAACACGGCUCUGAUCCAGUGGCAGCCGCCCAAAGAGAUGGUGGGUGAGCUGAUGGGCUACCAGCUGCAGUACAAGCGCACCGACGAGGAGAACUACACGUCGCGCGAGCUGAGGAAGACCGACGACCACUACACCGUCACCGGCCUGCACAAGGGCGCCACGUACGUCUUCCGCCUUAGCGCGCGGAACCGCGCCGGCAUCGGCGAGGCGUACGUGAAGGAGAUCAGCACCCCCGAGGACCUGCCCUCGGGCUUCCCCUUCAACCUGCAGGUGACGGGUCUGACUCAGUCCAGCACGCAGCUGACCUGGGAGCCCCCGCUGCUGGCGGAGAGGAACGGCAAGAUCGUCUACUACGUGGUGGUGUUCAGGGACAUCAACAGCCAGCAGAACAGCACCAACCGCACGGCCGACACGCACAUGACCAUCCAGGGCCUCAACCCCGACACCACCUAUGACAUCCGGGUGCAGGCCUUCACCAGCAAGGGCGGCGGACCGCUCAGCCCCAGCAUCCAGAGCAGGACCAUGUCUAACGAUUUUCCCACAUUGAACUUUGGAGUCAAGGCCGUCAUGAAAACGUCCGUGCUCCUCACCUGGGAUUUACCACCAAACUACAAAUCCCAGGCGCCUUUUAAGAUCUUGUAUAACCAGCAGAGCGUGGAAGUGCAGGGGAACCUGAAGAGAAAGCUGAUCACACAGCUGCAGCCAGACACCGACUACUCUUUUGUACUGACAAGCAGGGGGAACAUUGCUGGAGGUCUGCAGCAGCAGGUGUCGAUCCGCACGGCCCCCGACCUGAUCAAAACCAAGCCCAGCACACAUCAAGCUCAAGGUGGCAAGAUGACGAUCAACGUGCCCAAGGUCCAGACCACGACACGAGUCAGGUGGUACUACAUCGUGGUGGUGCCGGUGUCCCAGUCCACGCGGCGGUGGAAGAAUCCAGACGAGAUGGAUCUGGAUGAGCUGCUCAGGUCAAGCGAAGGUCCCGUCCUGAGGCGCCGGCGUCACCUGGACUCCUCCAAGCCUUACAUCGCCGCCAAGCUGGCCUCCCUGCCGACCAGCUUCACGCUGGGCGAUGAGAAGAGUUACAACGGCUUCCUCAACAAGCCGCUGACCAGCCAGCAGGAGUACCUCUGCUUCGUCCUGGCCGUCCUGCGGUCCGAGGGGACAGACAGCGCCGCCAAUUACAUGACAUUUUCAGCCAGUCCCUACUCAGACCCCAUCCAGGUCACGGCCAGCUUGUCUCAAGGGAUGGAGCAGCCUGAGAUGCUGUGGGUCAUGGGCCCGGUGUUGGCCGUGGUCCUCAUCAUCAUCAUCGUCAUCGCCAUCCUGCUCUUUAAGAACAAGCAGGAAAGGAAGCGAGCGUCACCUUUACCCAAAGAUGAGCACUUAGGUGGGGUGAAGGACUCUCUCCUGGCCAACUCCUCGGACCCGGUGGAGAUGAGAAGGCUCAACUAUCAGACCCCAGGUCCCAGCUCUCAUCGCUGCCCCAACACUCCAAGAAUGAGGGAGCACCCGCCCAUUCCCGUCGUCGAUCUGGCCGACCACAUCGAGCGACUGAAGGCCAACGACGGCCUCCGCUUCUCGCAGGAGUACGAGUCCAUCGAUCCGGGUCAGCAGUUUACCUGGGAAAACUCCAACAUGGAAGUCAACAAGCCAAAGAACCGCUAUGCAAAUGUGAUCGCCUACGACCACUCCAGGGUGGUGCUCACCUCUGUUGACGCCGUGCCAGGCAGCGACUACAUCAAUGCCAACUACAUCGACGGCUACAGGAAACAGAAUGCCUACAUCGCCACUCAGGGGCCGCUGCCAGAGACACUGAGCGACUUCUGGAGGAUGGUGUGGGAGCAGAGAUCCAACACCAUCGUCAUGAUGACCAGGCUGGAGGAGAAGUCGAGGGUGAAGUGUGACCAGUACUGGCCGUCACGAGGAACCGAGACCUACGGGAUGAUCCAGGUCACCAUGCUGGACACUGUGGAGCUGGCCACUUACAGCGUGCGGACUUUCGCCCUCUACAAGAACGGCUCCAGCGAGAAGAGAGAGGUGAGACAGUUCCAGUUCAUGGCCUGGCCGGACCACGGGGUGCCCGAGUAUCCCACCCCGAUCCUGGCAUUCCUCCGGCGGGUGAAGGCCUGCAAUCCUCCAGACGCCGGGCCCAUGGUGGUUCACUGCAGCGCGGGUGUGGGCAGGACUGGCUGCUUCAUUGUGAUCGACGCCAUGCUGGAGCGCAUGAAGCACGAGAAGUCCGUAGACAUCUACGGGCACGUGACGUGCAUGCGCGCCCAGAGGAACUACAUGGUCCAGACCGAGGACCAGUACAUCUUCAUCCACGAGGCCCUGCUGGAGGCCGCCACCUGCGGCAACACCGAGGUGCCGGCGCGCAACCUGUACGCCCACAUCCAGAAGCUCACCCAGCCUCCGCCCGGCGAGACGGUCACUGCGAUGGAGCUGGAGUUCAAGAGACUGGCCAACUCCAAAGCCCACACGUCACGCUUCAUCAGCGCCAACUUGCCCUGCAACAAGUUUAAGAACCGCCUGGUCAACAUCAUGCCUUUUGAGUCCACGCGCGUCUGCCUGCAGCCCAUCCGCGGCGUCGAGGGCUCCGACUACAUCAACGCCAGCUGCAUCGACGGCUACAGGCAGCAGAAAGCCUACCUGGCCACACAGGGACCCUUAGCCGAGACCACCGAGGACUUCUGGAGGAUGCUGUGGGAGCACAACUCCACCAUUGUCGUCAUGCUCACCAAGCUGCGGGAGAUGGGACGGGAGAAGUGCCAUCAGUACUGGCCAGCGGAGCGUUCAGCCAGGUACCAGUACUUUGUGGUGGAUCCAAUGGCUGAGUACAACAUGCCUCAGUACAUCCUCCGAGAGUUCAAAGUCACAGAUGCCAGGGAUGGACAGUCCAGAACAAUCCGCCAGUUCCAGUUCACUGACUGGCCCGAGCAGGGUGUGCCAAAAACCGGAGAGGGCUUCAUCGAUUUCAUCGGACAAGUGCACAAAACCAAGGAACAGUUUGGACAGGAUGGACCAAUCACUGUACACUGCAGUGCCGGGGUGGGCAGGACCGGAGUCUUCAUCACUCUCAGCAUCGUGUUGGAGAGGAUGAGGUACGAAGGCGUGGUCGACCUCUUCCAGACAGUGAAGACGCUUCGCACCCAGCGGCCUGCCAUGGUGCAGACCGAGGACCAGUACCAGUUGUGCUACCGGGCGGCGUUGGAGUACCUGGGGAGCUUCGACCACUAUGCAACGUAACCACUCCCAGCGAGCAGCUUCCCCGGUCAGACCUCUCAGGAGUGUGCCAAGUGUCCCAUCUCAGCCGCCAUCCACUCACUUGAUCUCCCCCCCUCCCCCCACCCCGCCCCAAAAAACAAACCCCACCCCCAAACCCCUCGCAGCUACCGGAGGGGUGGAGACAGGGACGAGCUUGCAGACCCGGUUUUAACCAAUCACUGAGACACCCAACCACCUGAGAUCUUGCUUUAAAAAUAAUAGGAGAAACAUUUGUGGAGACGUUGGAGGAAACGCGACGACUCUUUGUACAGACCGACGGCGCAGAGCGGCCGCCCGCCUCUCUGCUCCGUCGAAGCCAAACCCCCCCUGACUGUCAAAGGCUACUGGUAGCACUAAGAGAGCACCCGCUCUGUUUUAUGUUCCUUUUUUUGUUAAUUAUAUUGUCAAUAUUAUGAUUUAUUCUCAUGUUUAGUAUACCUUUUUUUUGUUAUUUUUAUUAAUCAUUUUAAUAUCGGACAUUUCUUUUGUCUUAAACUGCCCAGCGUGGGGUAAGCAUUAUUUUCAUAAUCAUUUUUUUUAAAUGUGUUUUUAACAUGAACCAAGAUACUAAUCCAGGAGGACCGCCGUCCUCUGAGCUGCUGUCACAUUUCUUUUGUCAUGUGACUUUAUCGUUAUUUUUUUAUUUUUAUUUUUUAUUUUUUGGUCUUAUACAGUUCAGUAACUGAAAAAUGGCCUUUUUCACGAGCCGUUUCCAAUCUGAAAAAAAGAAGAAAGAAUUGAUUUGAGAGCACAGACUUUGCCGUAGUUGUCUUUCUGUAUACGUGGUAGCUAGCUAAAACACCCCUCAAUUAAAAGUAACGAGACAAGAUUAAAUCAGAGGUGUUCAGAAAUGAACACAUUACUUCUGCCGUUUUCUUUUUAUUUCUUUUUUUCCUUUUUUUUUUUUUUUUUUUGGUUCUUGUUGUUUUUGUUUUUCAUCAGAAGCCUGAGGCAUCGAGGCCUUCAUGCUCCACAGCGGAGAACAUAACCUGAGGAAAACAGACUUUUUUUUACCCAAAGGGUAGAUGACAGAAAGAAAAAAAAAAAAAAAAAAAAAAACCCGCUCCUGAUCUCUGAAUCUUGAAGCGCUCUUCAAGUCCCUCCCAUCUCCCGGCUCGGGUUCGCUGGAGCGGGAACCGACCGGACGGACGGAGAGGAGCGGACGAGGCUCGCGUGGGCCGAGGAGCAGAGCCAUCGACAUUGGUACCUGUACAGAAUCAACCAUUCCUGCCAGAGGGGGAA